AUCAAACCAAGAUGUGAAGUCAAACUAAUUUUUUCAAACAUCACAUGACAGAAUCUGUCCUUUAUGAUGCUGUUCGUGGAAGAGUGGUGUGCUUUGUGAAGUUUCUGGUCCAGAGAUACCUUGACAUGAUGAUACAUGUUGGAUGCUUUACUUUUGUGCAUACCCUUGGGUGGAGGUGAAAAUGAGUGACAUAGAGAAAGAGACCAUUCGCACUCCCUGAGCAAAAAGAUGAAACCUGCAAACGUUAAAACUUGUGAUGUUAAGGAUAAUUAUUCUCAAAUUGACCUUUGGACUGAUGGGCUUAUUUGUGCCUUUGAAUUUGUUCGAGGUCAAAGAAAAUCAGUUCAAUCAAGUUCCCCUUCAACUAUCCCAGAUAAACAACAAAUGGAUGUUGAAUAUCCUAAAUAUAUGUCCCUGCAAAUGGUUCAAGAGGGGCUUCCCUGAGACCAGAUAGAAACAUGUUGUCAGAGUCAUCAUCUGCAUUUCAUUUAAGUGGUAGUCGGUUGCAUAACUCAGAUGACCAAGAUGGCCAGUUUUUUCAGUCUGGCCAAUUUAAUGCUGCAGAAAAGUAUGAGCGUAGUCAUUGGGUGCCAAUUGGGUGGACAAGAAUUUUGGAGCUUGUCCAAACUGUUCAGGUUGAUGGAGCCUGGGCCUCACAGCAGUUUGGGACAGCAGACGAUGAAGAUGAUUUCACUGUGGCAGAUUUAGCAGCUCCCUACUGGGAGCGCCCAUCAGGACCCAUAUGGUGGUGCAAUGUGGCUGCAGGUCACCCCAACAUUGAGGUGUGGCUUAGAAAUGCUCAGUGGCUUCAUCCUGCCAUCAGUGUAGCUCUAAGAGAUGAAAGUCGGCUAAUAAGUGAGAGAAUGAAACAUCUUCUCUAUGAGAUCCCAGUUAGAGUUGCUGGAGGUCUGUUAUUUGAGCUCUUAGGACAGUCUGUUGGUGAUCCCUUUGAUGACGAAGAUGAUGUCCCUGUGGUACUUAGGUCCUGGCAAGCACAAAACUUCCUAGUAACUGUAAUGCACGUAAAGGGGUCCGUGUCAAGAGUGAAUGUUUUGGGUAUCACAGAAGUCCAGGAGCUUCUUUCUGUUGGAGGGUAUGACAUGCCAAGAACUGUGCAUGAAGUUAUAGCACGUUUAGCAUGCCACCUUUCUCAAUGGGAUGAUAGGUUAUUCCGUAAAACAAUAUUUGGGGCAGCGGAUGAGAUUGAAUUGAAGUUUAUGAACAGGAGAAACCAUGAAGACAUAAACCUUUUAAGCAUAAUUCUUAAUCAAGAAAUCAGAAGGUUAUCUAGACAGGUUAUCAGAGUAAAGUGGUCACUGCAUGCGAGAGAGGAGAUUGUGUUUGAGCUUCUCCAACAUGUGAGAGGCAAUGUGGCAAGAAAUGUGUUAGAGGGAAUUAGAAAGAGAACAAGGAACAUGAUUGAGGAGCAAGAAGCAGUUCGAGGCCGCCUAUUUACCAUUCAAGAUGUUAUGCUGAGUAGUGUUCGUGCCUGGCUUCAGGACAGAAGCCUGCGAGUGACCCAUAAUUUAGGCGUAUUUGGGGGAGUUGGCGUUGUCCUUACCGUCAUUACUGGACUAUUUGGAAUUAACGUUGAUGGAAUACCUGGGGCAGCAAAUACACCAUAUGCAUUUGGUGUCUUCACAGUCAUCACAUUCUUUAUAGGAGGAGUGCUUAUUGCACUUGGUCUGUCUUACCUCGGACUCAGGAAACCUAUUGCCGAGGAACAGGUUGAAGUUAGGAAGCUCGAGUUGCAAGAAUUGGUGAGGAUGUUUCAACAUGAAGCAGAGACUCAUGCUAAAGUUCGUGAAAGUGUUCAACGAAGUAACUUACCUCCUACUGCUGGGGAUACUUUUGGUCAGGAUGCAGACUACUUUCUCAUACAAUAGAGAGAAUUUGUAAUCUAACUUGUCAGGGUUGAUGUCAGAAAAUUGAGUCAGUGUCCUGCAAGUUGAAGCGUCUUGUAUAAAGUAAACGAUAUCGUAGUUAGUAUUAUAGGGUCUCAAACCAUUAUAGCAAAUUUGAUUUAUUGUUUUAUUCUCUAGCAAUGAUGCUGUUUCUAAACAAAGUGCACUUAAAAUAAUAUUGAAAGAAGUAGAGAUUCAAAUUUUAAAA